UGCCAGUAAUGAAAGCAAGUUCAUAUACGCUCCUGGAUUGACAAUCUACCCUUUCAAUCACCGUCAUGAAUGCGUACGCAUCCUGGGGCCUGUAUCAAUAUGCAACACAGCCCAACCUUCCUUUUCAUGGAAGCCCAGCAAUACUAAGCUCUCUCGAAUUUCCGACGGGUAUACCCUGGAGCUAUUUAAUUGCCAACAUGACGGUAGCAGUAACACGUGCUAUCUGGGGACAUUCAGGUGCACUGCUACCGGAUUGCUUCCGAUGCAGGACUACCGUCUCCUAUCCAAAGGUGUUAGUCUGCAACCUUACGUUCUAGCCUCCAAUCCUCACUCUAUUUAUUAUACCGUAGACGCGCGUCGCCAUCUUGCAGAAUACCUUUCCGCCUGGACACUCGGCGUCCUCACCGGACUGGGACCACGUGAGAAGCAUGUACCUUGCCGGAAUACGUCAGAUUCACUACGCAGACUUCGAGCGUGUUUCGUUUAACUAUAUGCUUUACGAUGCCUUGAUAAAGCAGAAAGAAAGGGAUGACGCUUCGACGAACGGGAAAGAGAGGGACAGCGCUAUGGAAGCCCCGCGACGUCGGCGCAAACGCAAACGCGACUCUGGCAACAGGCAGGCGAACAAGCGAGCGUAUAUCUGACCAUUACAACUGAGCUCCCAUAUAUUUGUAGCGUAUGGAAAUAAUGUACUAUCAGCUAUGUAUGUCUCGUUGUCGGUGUGUGUACAUCU